UGGGACGGAAAGAUUAGGGGGCCCCACCUACGGAAGCGCGUGUCGGGGCGUAAAUUAGUGGAGAAUCAACGGCACGACGGGACGGACCUUCAAUCGCCAUCCGAAUUCGCAAAUCGCCAGCAUCUAUUCAAAAUCCCUUUCACUCCUCUCUCUUCCAAGCCCAAGACCUCUCUCUCACCCUCCCUCUCUCUCCUGGCAUUUCUGGAGGAACAGCAGCACAGAGGACCUGCCUAACUCCGGCGGUUGUUCGGGUGUUAUCCGGCCACUUCUCGUCGGUUUCUUCCUCCACCGAUCUCUCUCUAUUUUGCGAUGUCGAUAAGAACUGUUCGAGUCAGCAAUGUUUCCUUGGGGGCAACUUUGCAAGACAUCAAGGAAUUCUUUUCCUUUUCUGGUGAUAUUGAAUAUGCUGAAAUGCAGAGUGGGGAUGAACAAUCACAAAUUGCAUUUGUUACCUUCAAGGAUUCACAAGGAGCAGAGACUGCAGUCCUACUUACAGGAGCAACAAUAGCUGGUCUACCCGUUACCAUAGGUUUGGAUUCAGAUUAUCAGCUUCCACCUGCUGCUUCAGCACCACCCCAUAAAACAGAAAAUAAAGAUGCAGGUGGUCCUGAAUCUGCUUUGCGGAAGGCAGAGGAUGUAGUCAGUGGCAUGUUGGCAAAAGGCUUUGUAUUAGGUAAGGAUGCUGUCAGCAAAGCCAAGUCAUUUGAUGAGAAGCACCAGUUGACUUCCACUGCCACAGCUAAGGUUGCUUCUUUUGACAAAAAAAUUGGGCUCACUGAGAAGAUCAGUGUUGGGACUUCUGCUGUUAAUGAGAAAGUUCGGGAAGUAGAUCAGAAAUUUCAGGUUUCUGAGAAAGCCAAAUCAGCAUUUUCAGCUGCUGAGCAAAAAGUCAGCAGUGCUGGGUCAGCCAUAAUGAAGAACCGUUAUGUAUUGACUGGGGCUACGUGGGUGACAGGUGCUUUUAAUAAAGUUGCCCAGGCAGCUGGAGAAGUUGGCCAAAAGACAAAAGAGAAGGUAGGAAUGGCUGAAGAGGAACAGAGACGGAAAAUGGUUGAUGAUUAUGCUCAGAUUCAUUUAUCCGAGUCGCCUAAAGCUUCUGCACAAGACGAGCAGAAACCUUCUAAGCCAGCACCAGCACAGGGGUUGAUCCUCUGAAUUGUUACUUCUGCCAACACACUGCUCAAAACUUGUGGAUUCUGUGGUCUUGAUGCUUACUUCACCUUUGUUAAAUGUUGAUUGUUAUAGUUGGAUUUGAUUGCACUCAGUGUGUUUUGACAGUUCUUUCAUGAACUUCAAUAAAUUGAACUUUGUAAGAUUAUAGUUAUCUUUUAAUACUGUUAUUUUGAA